AUGUUUAUUAUAUACAUUAAAAAUUUAUCAAUUCAUAUAAUUUUUUAUAUAGAUUAAUAACUCUAACUCAUAAACAAUAAAUUGAUUAUAGAAAGUGAGCCAAAAGAACUAGAAGAUUUAGAAGAAUUAAAUGAUAUUGAACAUCAGGAGGAUAAUUUAGAUGAUUUGGAUAAGAUAAUUACUUAUAUUAAAAGUAAGACUUAUAUAAUAAUCAAAUAAGAGGAGGAUCAUGUUCCAAAGGUCCAAAAACCUUACGAAAUAAAUAUUGGAAUUAUUGAAAGACCAGAAGUUGUAGAUGAUUUCAUAUGUAACUUCCUGAUAAAAAAUUAAAUGAAUAAAAGUUUGGAAGUGUUUCAAGUAUAUAAAGAUAGAGAAUUUAGUAGUAAGAAUGGUAUGAACAUUCUCAAAAAGGUAAGUUGACAACAGAUGGAAUGGAAUAGGUGCCAGAUGUUUAUAUUCAAAACGAGAAAUCGAAAGAAGAAUUGAAGAUAUUUGAAGGGAGAACUUGAUAAAGCCAGAAUAAAAUUGCA